GUAAACUUCGGAGAAUCCUCGUCCUCCACACUUCACCACUCUCUUUCUCUUUCAGUUUCCUGGGCUCUUCAGGGAACUAGCUAGAAUACUGAAUUACAGUUGAAAUCGGACAGAGUAUAUCAUUAAACAUAGAAGAUGAAGCGGGCCACUUUCCAAGUGGUUCUUGUUGGAGUUUUGGCUUGCUUGAGUGCUCUUCAUGUUGGAGCUGAAGACCCGUACAGGUUUUUUACGUGGGAAGUGACUUAUGGAACAAUUUAUCCCCUGGGAUUUCCUCAACAGGGCAUCCUUAUCAACGGCCAAUUUCCAGGCCCUACUGUUGAAGCCGUCACUAAUGACAACAUCAUCGUCAAUGUCAUCAAUAAGCUCGACGAACCGUUUCUAAUCACCUGGAAUGGUAUACAACAGAGAAAGACCUCAUGGCAAGAUGGAGUGCUUGGGACAAACUGCCCAAUUCCUCCAAACAGCAACUGGACCUACAAAUUCCAAGUCAAGGAUCAGAUUGGCACAUACAAUUAUUUCCCCUCCAUCAGACUCCACAGAGUGGCUGGUGGUUUUGGUGGCUUCAACAUUGCCCAAAGGUCUGUGAUCUCUAUCCCCUACGACGCACCUGCCGCUGAAUUCACCCUCCUCGUCUCUGAUUGGUUCAAGACCAGCCACAAGCUCCUCGCCCAGCGCUUGGGUGCCGGCCUCACUCUACCUUAUCCCGACGCUCUUCUCAUCAAUGGCCAACGAUCCUCUUCUGUCUUCACAGGUCAACCUGGGAAGACAUACAAGUUGAGGGUAUCGAAUGUGGGAAUAGCAACGUCAAUCAACUUGAGGAUUGAAGGGCAUGCGAUGAAGCUGAUUGAAGUUGAAGGGUCACACACGAUGCAGGAAAUGUACGACUCGCUGGAUGUUCAUGUGGGCCAAUCUGUGACUGUUCUGGUCACUCUUAAUGCCUCCCCUAAAGACUACUACAUCGUGGCUUCUGGCCGAUUCAUCAGGAAAAAUCUCACAGCUGUGGCAGCUCUUCGUUAUGAAGGGUCCAACAUCAGGCUUUCCGGCCCAUUACCCCCAGCUCCAUCUUUCCAAUUCCAUGGCUCCAUGAAGCAGGCCAGGACCAUCAGAUGGAAUCUGACAGCAAAUGCUGCCCGGCCUAAUCCACAAGGGUCAUACCACUAUGGAACCAUUCCAGUUGCGAGGACAGUCAUAUUGGCAAAUUCCAAAGCCAGUAUUGAUGGAAAGCAACGAUUUGCUGUGAAUGGAAUUUCCUACGUAAAUCCAGACACCCCUUUGAAGCUUGCUGAUUGGCUCAACAUUUCCGGUGUCUUUAACUUGAACACGAUCAAAGACUUCCCUCCUUCUCCUGAUACUCCUGCUACUCUGGGCACUUCCGUCUUAGGAUUCACCCUUCAUGACUUUGUCGAAAUCAUUUUCCAGAACACCGAGCACAAUCUUCAGUCUUGGCAUAUGGAUGGAUCAAGCUUCUUCGUUGCCGCGUAUGGUUCUGGCACGUGGAAACCUGAAUUGAGAAGACGCUACAACUUGGUUGAUGGUGUUUUUAGACACACUGUUCAGGUGUAUCCAAAAGGUUGGACAGCCAUUCUAGUGCCUUGGGACAACAAGGGAAUGUGGAAUUUGAGGUCUGCUGUAUGGUCAAGCCGAUACUUGGGACAGGAAUUGUAUCUAAGAGUGUACAACGAUGAGAAAAGCCUCUUCACUGAGACUGACAUUCCUCCUAAUGCACUGUUUUGCGGCAAAGCUAAGCCGCAAUAGUUCCUUAUUAAUUAGUUACUCAUAAUUAAGGACUUAAUUAUUCCUGCUUGAUUAAUUAGGUUGGUGUGUGACUUCGAAUUCAUUCUUAAUAUUUUCUUUUAGAGAUUCCAGUUACGAGGGGGUGACUGUACGUCUACAAAUUUACCAAGAGACAAGGGGUUUCGGAUGCAUGUUGCAGCUUGUUAUGAUUCCUUGUCAUUGUAUUAAUUUAUUUGAUUAUUUCUUGGAAUGAUUAUAAAUGAAGUUUUCUUUUCACUCUUAUAA